GCCGGCCUAACCCGGGGGGUGCGAGAUGGCGCCGAGGAGACCGCCGUCUUCGAGGUGGCGGACGGGAGGAUCGGCGGCGCGCGAGGAGGGAACGCGUCCGCUCGGAUUCAAGAGCCAGACUGGGAAACGCAGGACCUGGCGGCCCAGCCACCAGCAAGCCUUCCCCGGGAGUGUCCGGGAGGGACAAGGUUUCGCAUUCCGGAGGAAACUGAAGAUCCAGCAGAGUUACAAGAAGUUGCUCUGGAAGGUAAAGAAGGCGCCAGCGUCCCGUGACUCGCAGUUCGUCGAUCGUUACCCAGAGCAUCUGAAACACCUCUACUUAGCCGAAGAAGAAAGACUCAGGAAACAGCAGAGAAAGGCUGGCCUGCCCAGGUCAGAAGAACAGGCUGAGGAGCCCGUGCCUGAAGAGGACUGCAACACCAACCCCGAGGGGCCUGUGUCUGAAGAGCAGUCUAGUGACUGCCGGCCUCAGCCGGAACAGCUGUCUGCACUAAAUCCAAAGAAAAAGAAAAAGAAGACUUCAAACCAAAAGGCACAAGAAGAGUAUGAGCGGGUACAAGCAAAGCGUGCUGCUAAGAAAUUUGAAUUUGAAAUGAGAAAGCAAGAAAGAGAAGAAGCUCAACGACUUUACAAAAAGAAAAAAAUGGAAGCUUUCAAAGUUCUGAGCAGAAAGACUAAAAAGGGCCAGCCAAACUUGAAUUUGCAAAUGGAGUAUCUUCUUCAGAAAAUACAAGAAAAGAGUUAGAUUAGACAAACUGUCUUUAUGGAUUCAUUUUGACUGACAGUUGCAGCUUUUUGUAUGUGUAUUGGGAGCACCUAACAGUGAACUAAAUUUGUUGACAUCAAUGGACUGGUGAAUUACAUUUUUGUUUUUGUAAUAGAAAAAAAAAUGUAUUUUUUCCACAAAGAAUGACUUUAUCCUGAAGAACUUUAAAAGCCCUCAAUGGAAUUUGAAAUAAACUAUUUCACAGU